AUGGACACCGCCGACGCGGCGUCUGAGGCCAAAAAGUCUCCGAUCAAAGCUCAAGAGGACAACGGAGAUAAUGGGAACGAAGAUCCAAACCGCAAGAAGGCAAACGCCAGGAAGAGAACCAAGACCGGUUGCUUGAGAAUAAAAGCCUGCCGGAAACGUCGUAUCAAAUGUGACGAAGGAAGACCUAUUUGCGGCAACUGCAUCAAGUCUAAGAGGCAUUGCGAGGGUUACAAUCAGCGAGUCAUCUUCAAAGACCCCAUCGGGUCAUUUAACCUUAACGGUGUCUAUGGCCCCGUUGUCUACCCUCAGGAGGCAUCAACCCCUCCGUUUCGACAGCUUGGAAACCCACCGCCCAAGUCAUCGAAUGCGCCUCCUCUUGCGCCAAUAGCUCCUAAACCACCGCAACAUACAAAUUACGGAGGCCAGCCGAUCCUUCAAUAUGGCCAAGGGUUCCCGGGUCCAUCGUCACAACAUCAUCCGUCGUCUUCACCUUUCGACUUUAACCAAUUCUCCUUUGAACAGCAACAACACAUGCCCCCAACACCCUCAUUAACAUCGCCCAUUAGCCCUGAACAGUUCCAAGGAUCAUUUAGUAGUGCACAGAGCACUUUUGUUAGCCCAAACACCGACAAUGGGUCGUUUACAAGCAGACAGCCACAACCAUGGCAAGAGCACACAUCAAGCCAUCCAAGAGUGGAAGAGGUUGACGUCGUCCCCACUGCCGACGAGAUCCUCAAGAGAGGGGAUAUCAUGGAGGACCCCGAAGUCCAGUACUUGUACUCCGACGACGACGCGUCCAUGGUCGAUUCAGAGGAUGGAUUCGAUGAUCUGAUGGGCGAAGAGAGCGCCUACGGCCAACUGAUCCAGAGUCGUUCGGAGGGCCAUUGGGAAGGCUUUGGGACGAAAGUGAGAACGUUCUCGGCUUUUGCAGAGGAAGCAAUCCUUACGUCGUACAUUCCGACGCCCAACAAUUCGCCGCUGAAUGACGAACGAACUGCGGCCUUGUUCUGGCACUUUGUCAACGUAACGGGACCGAGCAUGUCUCUGUACGAGAGGCAUCCUUUUGACCAUACGAAGCUGAUGAACAACUUCUCCGUUCCAAAGGCUGGUCAUAAUCUUUGGACUUACACAUUCCCUAUUCUGGCUUUCAAUCACCCGGCCUUGCUUCAAGCCAUGCUUGCCUUGGGUGCUCUGCAAAUCGCCAAGCUACAGCGAAUACCACCAACAGCAGCCAUGAAGCAUUAUCAUCUUUCCAUUCGGAGGAUCGCAAAGAACGUCCGGAGUGCGAAUAGGAGGACAUCGCCCGCCACUCUUGCCGCUACUCUGCUACUGGGAUACUUCGAAGUAUGGAACUCAGAUCACACCAAAUGGUGUAAUCAUCUAUUCGGAGCCAGACUUUUGAUUAAGGAAAUUCCCUUCAGGAAGUGGACCAAGAACAUCUUACCACUUAAGAGAGCUAGGCGAGCUCUCUUUCAGGAAAGCCAAAACCAGCCAUUUGAUCCCUUUUACCUGGGCCACGAUAACACUCACAUGGCGAGCCACGACCUGGACGACCUAGAUCUGGGACUUUUGAGCCAUUUGACAAACCAGCACGUGUCAUAUGAAGAGGAUGUGCCGACUAUUGGAAACUACUACACAGAUCGCGACAUCGAACACUAUGAGCAUCUCCGGGAUUUGUACUGGUGGUACUGCAAGAUGGACGUGUAUCAAAGUAUUCUUGGCGGAGGCAAGCCAUUUAUGGACUACUCCCAUUGGACUCAAUGUCCGCCUCGAGCCCCAAUGGGUCGCUUGGAGGCCAUCUAUGGAACUUAUGAUCACAUGAUGCUUCUACUUGGACGCCUUUGCAGCUUUGCCUCCAAAGACCUCCCUCGAAAACGGAAUUCCUUCAAAGGGUUUGGGCCUCCCGGUGGUCCACCCGGGGCCUCUCCUGGUGGUCCGCCCAAAGGACCGUCGAACCCAAAUGGACCACCGAGCAUGGCAGGUGGAAUGCCUGGAAGCGGGCCAGCACCUAACAUGAUGGGCGGGAUGCCUGGCGGGCCACCUGCGGGUCCUCCGAAUGGAAUGCCACCUCCUGGCAUGAUGGGAGGCCCUCCAGGGGGGCCUACAAGGGGGCCUCCCGGUGGACCGAUGGGGCCGCCACCGGGAAUGGGGUCAGGAGGGCCAGGCGGCUCCCCCCCGAUGUUCCCGGGUAUGCUGCCAAACCUCGGAAAGGUAACGUUGCCAAUGGGCUUUAGUCCUCCGAGAGAUGAAUCCCCGUCUCCGCCGGACACUCAUGAGGACUUCGAUACCGACCUUGCCGAGGCCGCGGCGCUGCGUGAGUGGGAGAGCCUCCGUGAGGCAUUCGAGGUACUCCGCUCCCAAUUUGGACCCGAAUUCGAACCUCUGGGUCCCGAAUAUUGUGACCAUAGGGAAACGCCCUUCGGUCCAACGCUCCAGUACCGUACGUUCUCAGUAGCCGGCAUCUGGAUGAACUACUACAUGGGCCUGAUCCAUCUGUACCGCGCGCACCCGAAGAUGCCCCCUGCUGCGAUGAUUGCUGCGGGUAUCCAGGCGCAGCAUACCACCAAAUUCGCGUUGGAGAUGGGCCGGAUUGCGGCUGGGUUGACUGACGACAUUUCCAUUGCGACCGAAGUAAGCACUUUGGUAGGGGCGGCGCUGAUCGAGAGUGCAUUCUGUUUGUUCGUCGGCGGUAUACAGUACCGAGAGGACGCUCAACGUCACUGGCUCGUCCGGCGGAUGCACGACGUGGCACGUCUCACAGGCUGGCAAUCUGCCAGACAGAUCGCCGACGGCUGCGAGUCGGGAUGGAAGAAGGCCGCAGCCAUGGGAAGGGGCCCGCCCUACACGCGAGACCCGUCCCUUAUCACCGUCAUCCCUCAGUCUGUGUGGACGAGCCCAAGGAGGAUCGGCGCCAGGCUGGAGCUGCUGGACGGCGACGACAAGGUGCUCGUAGUCGCCAAGGCCGAACGGGCGCACUAUGCCCUGGGGUUGAUCAGUGUCGAGCAAGAACUGGAGAGGCUCGUCAUCACCGGAGAGAGUUGA